AAGGGUUAACUUUCUUUUCCCAAAGGGCCACUCCUCCCGCGGGCUGCUAAUUGCUAGCCAAGGAAACCCCGCGGGAAAUCCUAAUCGUGGCCCUCUUGGGAAAGUCAGGAGAGUGCCGUCUUCUCCUCCCGCUACCCACGUUGUAGUCGUUUAACGUAUUUGCAUGUCUCCGUUCCUUGCCCUGCGUUCCCCGACCCGAGUGGAAAGAAGGGAAGCCGCGGCUGCCUGGAGCCUUCGGCUGCGGAUGGCCGGUCGCUGCGGGAGGGUCUCGCUCCUUUGCUAAGCUUGCGUGCCGCUUUGACGCCCACCGUGAAAAAGAAGAGGAGGAGGAGGAGAAAGUUGACCGCAGACUUUUGCGGAGCGGCUCAGAUGUGCUUGUUGGAGCGGCCUUGGGAGCGACAAACAACUUUCCUCAUCUCCUCCCAAAUUCCCAUCUGCUCCACCGGGCUUCAGCGGCGCCUUUUUUAUUUCUGCUUGGAGCCCGGAGGUGUUUCCAACUUAACACUCAGAAAUCUUCGGGGGCGAGCAGAAUGCCAGCCUCCUUGGGACUUCUUGCCGUCAGCGGCUGUUUUCUGGCUAUGGCUUCGGCACAGGAUGACUUGGAUUAUACCAUUACAAUGGAGGAUCAGAUUUAUCUUCUUCUGGAAGCCAAAGUUCAGUGUCAGCUAAAUAUCACAUCUCAGCUACAAGAAGAAGGAGCUUAUUUCUGCUUUUCCCCACACACAGAAGGCACCUGCUUUCCAGAAUGGGAUGGUCUAGUCUGCUGGCCCAGGGGGUCAGUGGGGAAAACGCUAGCUGUACCAUGCCCUCCUUAUAUAUAUGACUUCAAUCACAAAGGCAUGGCUUUCCGACACUGUAGCUCCAACGGAACGUGGGUCUAUGUGCAUAGUUUAAACCGGACGUGGUCUAAUUAUUCUGAGUGCCUUCGCUUCCUGCAAGCAGAAAAUGGCUCAGGAAAGAGGGAAUUCUUUGAACGCCUCUAUGUUAUGUACACAAUAGGAUACUCCAUCUCCUUCUUCUCUCUCGCAGUGGCUAUUUUCAUCAUUAGCUACUUCAGGAGGCUUCACUGCACCCGGAAUUACAUACACCUGCAUCUGUUUGUAUCUUUCAUGCUCAGAGCUACCAGCAUCUUUAUUAAAGACAAAGUAGUUCAUACUCAUAUUGGAGUCAAAGAGCUUGACUCGCUGCUCGUGAGUGACCUGCAAAAUAUUAUAGUGGCUCCAGUCACAGACAAGUCCCAGUACGUUUGGUGCAAGAUUACCGUGAUGAUGUUUAUUUACUUCUUGGCAACCAACUAUUAUUGGAUCUUGGUUGAAGGCCUCUAUCUGCACAGCUUAAUAUUUGUUGCUUUCUUUUCGGAUACCAAGUACCUGUGGGGUUUUAUCUUAACAGGCUGGGGGUUUCCAGCUGUUUUUGUAGUGGCCUGGGGAGUGGUCCGAGCAACAGUUGCUGAUGCAAGGUGCUGGGAACUCAGUGCUGGAGACAUAAAAUGGAUUUACCAAGCUCCAAUUUUAGUGGCUAUUGGGUUAAACUUUGUUUUGUUCCUGAAUACUGUACGGGUUCUGGCAACAAAAAUUUGGGAGACAAAUGCUGUUGGCUACGACAUAAGGAAGCAAUAUAGAAAACUAGCAAAAUCCACCUUGAUCCUGAUCCUUGUCUUCGGUGUGCAUUACAUUGUCUUUGUAUGCCUGCCUCACACGUUCACUGGGUUGGGCUGGGAGAUCCGGAUGCACUGCGAACUCUUCUUCAACUCAUUCCAGGGUUUCUUUGUCUCCAUCAUCUAUUGCUACUGCAAUGGAGAGGUGCAGACUGAGAUCAAGAAGACAUGGGCUAGAUGGAACCUUGCUGUGGAUUGGGAGAGGACAGCUCCUUGCGGGAGCUACCGCUAUGGCUCUGUCCACACUAACAUGACCCACAGCACCAGCAGCCAGUCUCAGAUGGUGAUCAGUUCCCGUAUGGGCAUGAUUUCCAGCAGGGAUUGCAAAAAUGUUGCCAGGCAGAACGACACCCAGAUAAAUUUGCCUGGGUAUGUUAGGAGCAACUCUGAACAGGACUGUGUGCACCACUGGGUUCAUGAAGAGGCUGAUGAAGAUGAAGAUAAGAAGCUGGAUGGCAUUUCUCUUAAGGAGCCCUUUCGACUUCAGGACCAUCAUAUAGGUUCCCUGGAGGACGAGGAGGAGGAGGAGAACAGGGUUGAUGCGGAGGCAGCACUUUAACAAGCCCUAGGGAUCCACACAUGGAAACAGCCCUAGUAUAAAAUUGGCAGGCUCAUCUUCUUCUUCCUAAGGCAACUGAGCUCUGCAUCAGAGUCUGCUGUCUUGGGUCAUCUCAUCAAAAUCAGUGAUACAGCUUAUACUGACUCAGACCAUUCAUCCAUCUAGCCGACUGUCAUCAUCUCUAGCUGGCAGGGUCUUCUCAGUGUCUAGGGCAGAAGCCUCUCUCAGACUUGCAGCCGAGGAUCCCUUGGAGUGGAGGGUUUUCUAUAUGCAAAGCAUGUGCUCUGCUGAGGUAUGAUGAGUUAGCUUCACUAGCACUUCUGAACUACAUGAUGCCCCUGUGUUAACAAGAGUUUUUUUGUGCCUUAGAAAACAUCAAAAGCACCAAAGAAUUCUACAUUCAAUGGAGUUUAGGCAGAAGAGAAUUGUUUUUUGUUAAUUGAAACAUGCAUUAUAUAAUGCACACAGACCUUAAUAUAAGAAGUCCAAAUAAUACAAAAUUAUAUCCAUCAUACAUAUCCUCUGAUUGGACCAGAAAUCCUUUCCACUCCAUGUUCCUUCCAAGAUACAAUAAAGGUCAUCACUGGAUUAUAAAAAGUAUUCA